AUCCCAAUAAAUAAAAAUUUUGCGGACUGAGAGCUGUGAAACCCGUUGAGUUGCGGAUCGGACAGCCCUCCUUUCUAUGUUCUCUUCAGACUUCAGCUUUGCCUUUACCAAAAAUUCGAAAUUCUCUCUCUCUCGCCCUUUUCCCUCACACCGUGACCUCCUUCUGCCUCCCUGCUCCGACACCGGCACUCAAACCUAAAAGCCUUAAAGAAAAUAAUUUUAUUUCUAGAUGGCAUUACAAGAGCAAUUAGAUAGAUUCAAGAAGCAGCAAGAGAAGUGCCAGUCAACCCUCACAAGCAUUGCUGCAUCUAAUAAGGUGACAAGUCAUAAAUUUACGCCAGCGCCAGCAGCACCGUCAGUCAGUGCAAGAGCCCCCGCUCCUGCUGUCAAAUUUUCAAAUGAUACAGAGAGACUUCAACAUAUCAACAGUAUCCGGAAAGCCCCUGUAGGAGCCCAAAUCAAGCGUGUUAUAGAUCUCCUGCUGGAGACAAGGCUAGCCUAUACACCUGAACAAAUAAAUGAUGCCGUUUAUGUUGAUAUCAAUUCCAACAAAGCUGUAUUUGAUAGUUUGAGGAAUAACCUGAAAGUCCACUAUGAUGGAAAACGUUUCUCUUACAAGUCCAAGCAUGAUUUGAAGGACAAGAGCCAGCUUCUUUACUUAGUAAGGAAAUUUCCAGAGGGCAUUGCUGUCAUUGAUCUUAAGGACGCUUAUCCAACUGUGAUGGAAGACUUGCAGGCAUUGAAAGCUGCUGGUCAGAUUUGGCUGCUAUCAAACUUUGAUUCACAGGAAGACAUUGCCUACCCAAAUGACCCCAGGGUACCCAUCAAGGUGGAUGAUGACCUUAAACUGCUGUUUCGGGGGAUUGAAUUGCCUCGUGAUAUGAUUGACAUUGAAAGGGAUCUCCAGAAGAAUGGGAUGAAGCCUGCCACCAACACUGCUCAGAGGAGAGCCAGGUCAGAGGUUCAAGGCAUGUCCUCCAAGCCCAAGCCAAAGAAGAAGAAGCACGAGAUCACCAAGAGGACAAAGCUGACCAAUGCCCAUCUUCCAGAGCUUUUCCGGAACCUUACUGACAAUAAAUCUUGAUGUUAGGACUUAGGAUGACCCUUUAUUUAGCUAUGGGUUGAAGGUAUAGGGAAUGAUACAACAUGCUCUAAUGCUAGUAGCAUUGGGUUUAUAUAGAUUGGAAGUGUUCUAGCAGCUUAAAUCCGUAUUGAUGACUCUUGCCAGAUUUGCGCAUAACAGUUCAUUUCUGUUUUAUAUCUGUUCUUGUA